UCACGUGAUCCCCCUUUCUGACAUAAACAAAUCUGUUAUACUGUUCAAGCCAACAUUGCUCCAGACAUUAGAUACAUUGAACUUAAUCUAGAUACAUUAACUUAGAAGACCCAACGGAACUACACUGUGGUAGAAUUGGAAGGAAUCUGUGCUACCGUGGAAGGUGUUCAUCUGUAUCUAAGAUGAGCCGGGACAUCCCCAUCCACAGCUGGCCAGGUUCUUACUACAUCAACAGUGAGAAGCGCUGGGAGAAUGGCACUCUCUCGCUCACCCGCACCAUGCUACGCUUCACUUCUGACCAGAGCAAGGAGAGCUUGUCCAGCUUCCGUCUCUCCCGGAUCAUGGAGAUCAAGAUGGAGUCCUCCAGCUUCAUCUUCAGCACCCUCACUGUACUGGAGCAGGGCAACGUGAAACACUGGUUCGGCUCACUUCGGCCUAACAGGGUGGUGGUGUAUAAUGUUCUGGAGCACUUUUGGAGGGAGCGCUUGCUGUCCCCCACCUCAGAGGUUCAGGGGGCAGAGGCUCAACCCAGCAAGGGCAGGGAGCUCAUCAACCUGGUGGUGGGGUCUCAGAGAAGGUUGGAGGACACUGGCACAGUCCUGCACCACCAGGGACAGCAGUUUGAAAACAUGAUGCAGGGGCUGGACAAGAUCGACUUGGAUUUGGGCGUGGCAGACAAGCUCCUGUCUGAGCUGGAGUCUCCGUCCUGGUGGCCGUUUGGUAAGCUCCCCUGGAGGGCCCACCAGGAGGCUAAAGCUGAGCAUGCUGCCAGAGGGGCUGCUGCUGCUGGGAAGGGAGCUGGCAAGCAGAAGGUCAUCACCAGCAUCCCAGCCGUGGUGUCCAAAGGCGGUGACUCGGAUCUAAAGCCUGGCUGCCUGAUGGUGCUGGUUUCGUCUCUGGAGGUGCAUGACACAAACCAGCAGCUCCUGCACCGCUUUGAGAGGAACGAGGUUGACGACAUCCGCGUGCACAACCCGUACGAGAUCAGCGUCCGACAGCGUUUCAUCGGGAAGCCGGAUAUCUGCUACCGGCUCCUCUCUGCCAAGAUGCCGGAGGCUCUGUCAGUGCUUGAGAUGCAGUACAAAAAGAAGGUGGAGUUCACCAGUGAAUACUCCGCUUUCAACACCACCCCAGCCACGACCCCAUGUGACUCAGAGGGUUCAGUAUGGAAUGCAGACCCUCUCCAGCAGUGCCAGGAGACGGAGGUUACGCUGGAGGUUCCCACAGGGGAGCUGUCCCAGGUGCAGGUCCAGCUCCUCCAGCCAGCCGUGUCCCAGGCAGAGGCCCAGGAGCUCCGGCAGAUGCUAAUGCAGCUGAAAACCCUGGCGCUGGAGGCUGAGACAGAGUUAGAGAGGCAGGACGAAGCCUUGGACGUUCUGACCGACUCAACAGACAAGACCACCAUGCACAUCGACAAGCACACCUGCCGUAUGAAGAAGCUGCUCUAGCUCCACUCUCACCUGAACCAGGCCGUACAGUCACUGAAAAGAAACACCUUGCUGCUGUCAAGCUAGCCUCCCCACAUGUGGUUUAAAGCCUUGAGUGUUGCAUGUUUCCAUAUUGCUGGACAUAUUGCUGGUGAGUUGUACCCAUCAAGUGUAUGUGUUGCAUUAUAAUCUUUGCUUGCUGGGGAAAUACAUAAUCCUACUUUGCCACAGAAAGCUGUGUAAAACGUGUACUUUAUUUCCACGUGACAUGAUUGGGGAGGCAGGGAGUAAAUCACUGUGGAUCAGAUUCCCCAACUCUUAAUAAAAGUCAGUAUAAUCUUAUCUGUAUAUAAAUGAUCUUUUGCAAUUCUGGAAUCCUUUUCUUGUCAGCGGUCAUCGUAAACUUGUAAUGAACACCUAUUUAUUUAACCCCCAAAUAAAUAAAUUAUUAACUGUU